AUGGAUUUCUUAGAGGUCUACCAAUGCGGCUCAGGGCAGGGGAUUAACACAGCCAAGAGUUUCAUCAUUCCUUCGGCUCGAUGUUUCGCAGCGCAGAAACAUUUAAUAAGAUUAACGGGCUUCCGUCAGCAACAGCUUCCGUUCACGUACCUUGGUUGUUGUCUUUACAAAGGUAGGGCAAAAAAGGAGUACUACCAACCCUUGAUUAGCAGAAUGCAGCGCAAGUUUGCGGGUUGGAAGAACAGGAUGCUUUCUGCUGGGGGCCGCUUAAUCUUGAUCAAACACGUUCUGCCCGCAAUACCUCAAUACACUUUCGCAGUUCAGGAGCCCCCAAAAACCGUCCUAUACCAAAUUAGACAGAUUAUGGCCCGAUUGUUUUGGGGGGAAGUAGAGAAGCGUGAGAAACGACACUGGAGAAACUGGAAUGCACUUUGUCAUCCCACUUUACAAAAUGGCCUAGGGCUUCAGAGGCUUGAAGAUGUUCUAUAUGCUUUUGGGUGCAAGCUGUGGUGGAGACAGCGCAUGAGCAUGUGA